AUUUAUAAAAUUAUGUUAUUAGACAGCACGUGUUCAUAAAAAAAUAUAUAUAUUGUGUGUACAUAUUUGAAUGCGACAUUUUUAUGCAGGAGAUUACGUUUGAAUUUUCGCGGAAUCAGUCAUUGUAUUUCAUUCAUACGUCACUUCCUUGUAUACAACGGGCACGCCCACAGCACGCGGUUCAACCAUUUGAGACCAGGGCGAAACACUUGUGUAAUAUUGUCAGUCGGAAUUCUCACAGAACGAGGUCAAGACAAAGAAAAGCACGUUGUUUGUCAACAGACUCUUGGAUUAUGAUCAUGACUUACCAAGAUCAAUCAGACAUUGACUACGAGACUAGUUUAGCGGCAGAAGGACUCAUGUUGAUGUCAAAUGUUGUUGUCGCUUCAAAUAAGCCAAAUCGAACAGCUGAUGAUGUAAAUAUGGCAGACGUUUCCAACACAGACAAGAAGGAUUCUUUGUUCAAUCUUGCAAGCAUUCUGACUGACUUGGGGAAAUUCAGACGAGAACACAUAGACCAUGAUUAUUUCAGUGGGGAAAUGAAGAGGGUUCAUUUAAGAUCUUUACAAAAUGACGAAAGUUUCAUUGAAAAAUCCACAAAAGACAAGAAACGAAAGCGCGCAAAAGCGACCCCGCCCACUUCGGUAGCUGAAGGAUCUGACGACGAUGACAGCUCUGUGUGUAAUCCAAAGAAGAAGCUUCACCAGUGCUAUUACAAGGGAUGUGCCAAAAUGUACGGCAAAAGCUCACACCUAAAGGCACAUCUGCGUACACAUACAGGAGAGCGUCCAUUCCCUUGUACCUGGUCUGGCUGUGAUAAGAGAUUUGCCAGGUCAGAUGAAUUGGCAAGACACUUACGGACACACACAGGAGAGAAGCGCUUCUGCUGCCCUUACUGUGACAAGCGGUUCAUGCGGAGUGACCACCUAAAUAAGCACGCCCGCCGCCACCCCGAGUUUGACCCCACCGUGCUUCAGAGGUCAAGGUUGAAGAAGAGCAGUUCCAGUCCCCUGCCAGACAACAGUACAGAAACGGACCGAGAGAGAUAAACACCAAUCGGAGGAAGAUGGUUGAAAGAGCGAAAUGAUGUGUAUACAAGCAUGCAUAUGUAGAUUUAUGCUUGCUUAUUAUAUAGAUAUGUAACUGUACUUGAUUUUUUUCAAUCUCUCAUUUAAAGUUUACAUGAGGGUAUGAAUGAUUAAAGUAUACUGAGUAGUAAUGACACACAGAUCAGACAUAUCAUCUAAUCCCUGUGACUGGUCUACAGCGAUGUAUUUUACACUCAUUCUAAAAGCAAGUUUGAUCUCAGUUCUGGUGAAAGAAAUAUGACUGCACAUCAUAGGCAAUGGUUUAAUAAAAUGUGUAUCAGCGAGUACUCAUGCGCACUAAUUUUGUUUUUUUUGUUAAAAAACAACCAAAAAGUCGAGCAUCAUUGCUGGAACAUACGGAUUCUGGUCAAUUGUCCAUUGUCUCCAAAUUUAGUAGUUUUCAAUUUACUUGGAUUUGUGUCAAAGGUAUGUUAGGUAUUUAGUAUAAGUAUUUUUUUACGUAUGAUAUAUGACUGUACCUUUUAGUUUAGUGUUGUGACAUAUUUGGCAAUUGCAAUAGAAGUAAUACGAGUAUUUGAUUGUUUAUUGUGUAUAUGAAUUUUUGAAAUAUCCUGUAUACCCUCUAUGUGUUUGUUUUGUGUGAUAUUUUUAGAAUUUGAGGUCAUUCUGAUGGCCAGUUAUACCCUAUUAGGAAUUCCCUGCUGAUUCUCAGUUUGAAUAAUUUUGUCCAGCUACAUUGCUUUCCUUCCAUGUUACUGGGGAGUGUUCAUUGGCUACUUAAUUUCCUUAAUCUAAACUUUGGUUUGUUUUUAAAACAAUUGUUGUCAGACAUUACAGUGAACAUCUGGUGAAUGUCUUUUAGAGCCCUGUCUUACACACUGAUAAAUUUGCUACAUGGAUAUCCCUAUUUUUGUUUUGAAAUUUUUGUUUUGGCAGAAAUCUUGCCAAGAACGUGUACAAUCUGGUUGUUUGGGAGAGAGAGACUGGGUGCCUCAUCCAUGUUUCUGUGAGUGUGUGUGGUUAUGAGAUCCAGUCUUGUUCAAUGGGUCUGACUGUGUGUUCCAGUGUUUGUAUUUGUGACUGACUGUCUGUGUGUUCCAAUCUUGGUCCAUGGGUCUGACUGUGUGUUCCAAUCUUGGUAUAUGUGUCUGACUGUGUGUUCCAGUUUUGGUCAGUGUGUCUGACCUUGUUCUCCAUCCUGGGUUUAUCUGUCAGACUGUGUUCCAUUUUUUGUCUAUAUCUACGACUGUCUGUGUGUUCCAGUCCUGGUCUGUCUGUCUGACUGUGUGUUCCUAAUUUUGUGUCUAUGAUCCAGUUUUUGUCCAUGUGUCAGGCUGUGAGAUUGAAGAGUUUCUGUCAGUGGUGAUAUGGCAUUGUGUUCAUCUUUGUGUCAUCUAUGUUGUUUGAUUGAUAUUCCAUUGAUGUUAAAAUGAUAUUUAAAUGAAAUGUUGAAUUUUUAUAUGACCUAUGUUUAAUGUGUCACAUAGACUUAUCAUACUUACAGAGAAAUCCAAAUUGCUACAAAUAUUUAUAUCAACUUUAUUAGUGCUUAAACUACUCUUAUGGCAAUUUUGUGAUAUAUUGAAAGAGAUAGAUUCACCUUUGAUGAUAUUAUUACUUUAGUCAAGAUUAUCAUGAUUCAUUGAAAGUGUUCAAUAUUUUGAUGUUAAAAGUUUGAAGUAAAAAAAAAUUUUACCAUCAACAAUCUGUUACAGUUAUAUUAAGGAUUGAAUCGUUUAAGUCAUCACAAACUGUUAGAGUUAUUGUUGGUUCCGGGAUUUUUUGUAUAUACAUGCAUUUAAUAUGAUCGAGUUUGUCAGUUACUUUGAUCUGUGAUUUUUUUUCUCCUUGAUAUCUACAACAUGGAAAGAGUAAUUGUGAUGUUUUAAAAUCUUUCAUUUUCCAGUGUGUGUGGAUUCAUCAUAUCCACGAUGAUAAGAAUCUUGCAAGUAUGGAAUAUAACCAUCUUCAUUUGUACAUACAUAGUAGAUAGAAAUAUAUAUCCACAUUCAGUUUGAGGAACGUCAUUCCAUUUUAUGUAUGUUUGUGUGAUUUUUUUAUGAUAUGGUUGGUGAAAAUAAGCUACGUUGUGAUUGUGUCAUUGUAACCUCUAUGUAACACAUUGUGUGAUUGGUGCUAAAUAUUCCGUAUGCUAUACAUGUACACCAUAUCAAGAUCUGUCCAUUGUUGUAAGUACAUCAGUUUUUGGUGAUUUGUGACAUUUUUAAAAAGUUUUAUAAUCAGAUCUGAUCUAUUUCCCACAGUGUAAGUAACCUAGUAGCGAGUGCCUCUCAGUAUUUGUAUUCACCGAACAGGCCUGCCAUUUUUUAGCAGGUCUGAUGUAGUACGUUGUAUAUAUUUUCAUUAUGAACUUCCAAAGAAAGAUAUAUAAUCUCAAAAACUAAAGGUAGCAUGUAUAUAUACAAGUGAAUUGGGUGCCAAUUGACAAUAAUAUGAUUUUUAGACAAAACGAUAUAGAGAUGGAUACUAUUUUUGAGUUAGGUAAAGAAAGGCUAAAUAUUGACUGUAUAUUUUGUACAAAUGCCUUUUAUUAAGCAAAUAUACAGGGAUUUGAUGUUGCUCCUAUGAUAUAGUUUUAAUCUCAAGUUUUCAAGUUGUAAAUAGUUUUAUUUUUGUUGAUGUUGAACUAUAUAUAUAUUGUAAAACCUGUUCAUGGUAAUCGUGACAAAUAAAAAUACUAUAAUGUCUCAUUCA